AUGAAGGAUAAAAUUGAAAUAGAAAUAGAAAAUAAUAAUCUUGAGACUGCUAAAAAAGCAAUUACAGACCUAGAAAAGAGCGCAAUUAUUGAAAAAUCAGAAUAUUUAAGAACUAAAUUAUUAGAAAAAAUUAAUAGGUAUAAAAAUUUGUAUUCUGCAAAAAUUAGCAUCAAAACAAAUAAUUUAGAGCAGAAAGAAUGUUUUAGUUUUAGCUCAAAUGAUCUUUUUGCUGUGCAUGACUAUUUAGAAUAUUUUGAUUUUACAAAUCAAUCCUUUUUAUUUGAAAAAAUUUACAAUAAAGGAGAAAUUAAUAACUGUAAAGCAUGUAUUUUUGAGGAUCUUGAAAUUUUAGAAAGUUUAGUAAUAGAUAACUGCAAUAACUGUACUAUCAAAUGCAAAACAAAACAAUUACGUAUACGAAAUUCUAUAAAUAUUAAAAUCGAAUUAUUUACUGAAGCAGGGGUCAGUUUAGAAAAUAGCAGCCAAAUUACUGUAAAAGAAUUAUUGUCUAUAAAAGGUAAACAAAUUACAGAAAAUGAGAAAAAAAUGAAUAAUUUUUAUAAAAUUAAUGAUUUUUCAUGUCCUUUUAAGACACAAAAUUACAACAUACUUUAA